GAUGGGUAGUGAACGGAUUAUAACUCACUUGUUCAUUCGGCGCUGAUCAGAGCAACUGACAUCAAGACAAGAAAAACAAAAUGAGGACACUUUUGGCUGUACUUCUUUUGGGGUUUGUYGCUGUAGCCUUUGGUAAACAGGAAAAGAGAUUCUUCGUUGAUUUCUGCAAACACAGCACCGCAGAUAAGGACUGUGGCAGUGAUCGUUGUUGUCUCACUGGUCUGCACAUGUGCGCACCAAAACGAGGUGAAGGGCAAUCCUGCAACUUUUCGGGUCUUCACGGUUGUGGAUGCAAGGAUGGAUUGACUUGUCAAGUCAGCAGUAAUCUGGGUCCAAUCAAGUACUACAAAUGUUURAAGACCCCAAGUGGCUCUGGCGAUGGAGCUUUCUAAUCUACUCGGUGCAUAAAAAUGAUCUGAUAUGUCUUCAAUAAAAUUGRAUCCCUCUAUUAAA